AGUGAAAGUCACUAACCCGACCCGUGCGGUAAAAAUGAUGAGGUUAUAUUUUUGAAAUAAUCUUUCCAUAAAAGUUUGGUCGAAUAAUGGCUUUAACACUGUUGGGGAAGCGUAUUUUGUCGCGAAGACCGCAUUUACUCAAUUCAAUAAGAAAAAAUGGUUACAUCGUUUUGGUGCCAGAAAUAGGUGAAGAUUUACCAGAGAAGAAUCCACUUCUUCAAAAUGACGGUCUUCCUGAAUUCAACAACAUCACCAUUGAAAACUGCAUGGCUGCGAUUGCAAAACAAACUCUCGACUUGGAAGCUGGUGUGAAAGAAAUCGAAACCACGUUGGAAGAACGAGGCACCCGGGACAUUUUUAAAGACGUAUUUCAAGUUUUGGAAGAGAUGGUAGCCCCCCUAGACCUGACAUGGGGCCUAUCAAAGACUUUAUACUUAGGUAACAGUAGUUUAAUGCCCACGAAAAGUUACUUAGCCAUCCAUGACCGUGCAAAAAGGGCCCGUGCGGCGAAAUUUAACAGCUCCGUCAUUUACGAUUCGGUUAAAAAAGAAUUGGGGAGCGAAAACACUCACAGUGAGGAGGAAAUUAGGGUAUUGAACAAAUUCGCACUAGAGGGAAAAUUAAACGGUUUGGAACUCUCUGAUUCAGGGAAAGUCCAAUUAAAACAAUACAUUAACAAACUCACAUCUGAACGGAUGCAAUUUAAACAAAAAGUCGACAUUUGUACGAAACAAUUUUCUCACAUUAUUCGAGACCCAUCAGUAGUGAGAGACUUUCCGUUAGAUUUGUUGAAAUCCACGGCUUCAAAUCCCUCGAAGCCGCUCGAGGGGCCGUGGAAAGUGACCCUUGACCCCAAUAUUUACCUACCGAUUAUGCAACACUGUCCUGAACGGGAAAUUCGGUGGAAUGUCUGGCAAGCUUUGGUGAAUCGGGGGUCGGGGUAUGGCGACCGCGAUUUAUCAACUGGGGUCCACUUGGAGGAAAUUAGGUCUGCGAGACGCGACCUAGCGAAAUUACUGGGUUUUGAAACGUAUGCAGACUUAUCAAUGGAGACUAAAAUGGCAGAACGUGUGGAAAACGUAAACAACAUGUUGAACACCCUCCUUGAGAAGGCCAAACCAGCGCAAGAAAAAGAAUUGGCGAGUUUGUACGAGUUUGCUCUCGAGCGGGGGUUCAAAGGGGGCAGAAUCGAACUCUGGGACGUCCCGUAUUGGAGAAAAAAGCAACUCAACACAUUAUUUAAUUACAAUGAGGCGGAAUUCAAAAAUUAUUUUCCACUACCGACCGUUUUGAACGGUGUAUUCGAACUAUCCGAGAGAUUAUUCAACAUUGUAAUAAAACAACGAAACGACAUAUCGACUUGGCACAAAGAUGUGAAAUUUUAUGAUGUUUUCGAGCACCAUACAAGUGCCCCAAUUGCUGGUUUUUAUCUUGACCCGUAUGCAAGGUCCGAUGAGAAGAUCACAAUCCAGCAAAGCAAUGGUUGGAUGGUGGGGAUCCAAAGUCAGAGCAAAAUAUCCGCUACCAAACCGUUGGCAGCUCUAAUUUUCAAUUUUGAGCCCCCUUUGGGCAACAAACAAUCUCACUUGACGUUCAAAGAAGUCAGAUAUUUGUUCCACAAGUUCGGGUUGGCUUUGCAACAUUUACUCAGUAGUACCACCUAUUCGGAAGUCUCAGGGUCCUCUAAUAUUGAGUGGGACGCGGUUGAAGUUGGUGGUCACGUUUUGGCACAUUGGUUGUAUAAUAAAGAGACAAUUCAGAGUAUUUCCAGUCAAGAAAAACUCCCCGAAAAUAUGUUUGAUUGUCUGAUGGAAGCUCACAAGCAUUUAGCCGGGAUUGACUUAUCCAGGGAGUUGUACUUGGCAGCCCUAGAUCUAGAAUUGCACCACUCGACGGAAUAUUGGUUGGAAAUAGUCAAGAAACUGUGGCCCCAAUUCCGAUGCUUCCCGCUUGAUAAAGUCGAUUCGCACCCAUGUUCCUUCACCCAGAUUUUCACGGAAGAGUGGGCUGCGGCUUAUUAUUCGCACGUUUGGUCGAGGAUGAUCGCCGCUGAUGUGUAUAGCGCGUUUCAUGAAGUUCAAGGAGAUGACCAAAAAAUUAGAGAAGUUGGAAAGAGAUACAGGGAGACGUUUUUGUCUCUGGGGGGUAGUUGCCAUCCUAGUAAAGUUUUUAGGAAGUUUAGGGGACGAGAUCCGUCACCGAAUGCUCUACUUAGGUCUCUAGGUUUAAAGAAAAGUAAAAUAGAGAGUUAAUUUGUACAUGUCUUGUAAAGUAAUUAAAAACUGUUAAUCUGU